AUGGAUACCGUGGAAUAUGAAUUAACCAAUGAAGAAAGAUUUGUGGAAGCUUUGGAGAGUGAAGCAGCUUGUAAAGAUUUUACCAACACCUUAAUCGAACAAACAGCUGAAAAUAUUGAAUUAAGAUUAGAGGAAAAGAUACCUCAAUUAAUCUGUAAUGAUGAUAAUUUUGUUGCUUAUGAUGACACUACCAAAAAAGACAGUUCCGUGAAAAAUACCAUUGAUAUCGGUGGCUAUUCGGAAAACGUUAACUUUCCAGCCUUAGAUUUAGAAAAAAGAUUUGGGAAAGAAAAUGUGCUUGAAGAUAAUUUACCAAAUGGUUAUGGUAUGUUAGUCUUUGAUGAAAGAUGCUUACAACUUUACCGAAGGAGAAAAAACGAAAAAGGCAAAGAUAAUAAAGGCUUCCGUUAUAAAGAAGAACCUGAAAAUGGGAUUUUGACUAAACCAGUUAUUAGGAGGAAGUUAGAACAAGAAAACAAACUCCUCCAAACUGAAAAUAACCAAUUAAAAGAGCAAUUAGCCCAAACUGGCCAAGACUACCAAGAAAUUAAUGAGGAAUUAAUUCAGGUUAAAGAAUACAAUCAGGCUUACCAAACAAAAAUUAAUGCUUUGGAAACUCAAUUACUUAAUUUAGCCAAACAAAAACUAAAAGAAAUCCAAAAGGUUAAGAAUUUAGAAAAAUACCUAUUCCGAACCAGAGGAGACAAGGAAACUCAAACCGAAUUAUCUAAAACAGAUAUCGAACAAUUACAGAAUACAGUUGACUAUUACUCCCAAACUUUUCCUAAUUUAGAAAAAGAACUAGCCAAAUUAAGAGAAAAAGAGAAAGAUAAAGACCAAGAAAUUAGAGCCUUGAAGUUAGAUAAAGGAGACUUAUUAAAGACAGUAGGAGAAAAAGAAAGUGAAUUAUUAGAAACUGAAAGUGAAGGUUCUUUGUUAGAAUAUUUUGACGAAAUAAUUGAAGAAGCUAUUACCCGAGGAGAGAUUGCUAUUAUUGAAUAUCCUGAUACCAAAGAAAAAUUUUUAGCUAUCCCUAAAAAUAAAGCCAGUCAAGAAAAAGAAGAAAAAGUCAAAGAAAACUUACUAAAAGAACCCAUUAAUUUAGAAUUUCAAUUAUUAGAUAACAGUCAAGAAGUUUUAGAUGGUAAAGAAGUAGAAAAACCUUUCUUUUUUAUGUGUUUACCUAAAUCCCAGAAAGCUAAUCCCAAGGAAGGAAAAAUGGGAAUUGCUCCUCACCAAAUUAAGGCUGAAUUACAUGAACCUACUACUGACCAAAGAGCUUAUAUGAUUAGGGAUUUUAAGUUUGUUUGGACUAAUAUGGAAAGAGCUUACGGAAUAAGGCAUGAUACUUUACAAGAAAAAGAAGAAAGAGCCAGUGUCAGUGAAGUCUUUUCUAGUCAAGCCAAUUUUGAUGCUAAUGAGAAAAAGAUUUACCGAUUACUACUGAAAUCUAUUAAAGAAUAUAACCGAAUAUUUGAAGAAGGAAAAGGGAGAAAAUUAGCCCUAACGGCAAUAGUAGCUAAUGUUAUCUCCCUAGCUAUUUUUGCUGGUUAUACGAUAUCAAUGAAAAAAGACCAAAUCAAACUAAAAAAAGAAAAUCAAGCUAUCAAAAAAGAAUUAGCCGAAGUAGAACGAGUAAAUGGUAAAGAGAAAAGGGAUAUUGCUGAAUUACAAAAACAAGUAGCUGAAUUAAAGGAAGGAUUAAACAAUCAUGGAAAAUAA